CAGACGACGAGAGGAUCAGAAAUUAUACGGGCUUCUCCACCAUGGACUCAGACUGCCCCCGUUACCUGCUCACCACUGGCUGAUCCCCAUGAGCACCAGGCUGUGAAGUGGCGAAGAGGACACGGAGCGGGACCCGUGUCUAAGCCUUCUCCAGAAGCAACCGUGGGGACAUGACUGCCGCUCCCUCUGCGGGUGUUCUGAUCUUAAGUGUCCAUUAGAGAAGUCCCUCUGCCUUACCUCUGUCUUGGAGGGCAGCUGCUCAUGCACACGUACGGCACCAUGGGUAGCUCCCCAGAGGUGCUCUCCUGGACUUCCUGCCCCAGUCUUCUGGUGGGCAAGCUCAAAGAGGAGCUCAAGCUCACCGUGGUUGGGGAUGCCCUGAAGAAGACCAACCCCAACCCCUCCCCUUCCCCCCAAGCUCCGCCUCCUCCACCUCCCCCCCAGAUCAUCACUGACCUGGCCCCGCCCGCCGACCUCCCCAUAGUCCCUCAGCAGCUGCAGGUGUUGAGCCAUGCGGGUGGCGAUGACGACUUGGUGCUGAGCGGCAUGAGCCCACCCUGCACAGCCCUGAGUGAGGACUCCACCCGGGAGCAGGGCCACUUUGACAACAGUGUGUUGCAGCUCCAGGAGCACGAGGAGCCGAAGUCACCCGGCCCCUGCAACCAGGACGGGGGCAGCAGUGGUGGCAAGGAGGCCAACGAGGAUGGGGGUUGCCCCAUGGACCACGCUGACGAGACAACCACCCAUCCCCAGCACCAGGACGACAUCAAGCUGCAGUUCCAGAGAGCUGGCACGGGUGGAGGCGGAUUCCUGGAAGGCUUGUUUGGCUGCUUGAGGCCCGUGUGGAAUAUUAUAGGGAAGACCUACUCGACGGAGUACAAGCUCCAACAGCAAGACAUGUGGGAGGUUCCAUUUGAGGAGAUCUCGGAAUUGCAGUGGUUGGGAAGUGGAGCCCAGGGUGCCGUAUUCCUGGGAAAGUUCCGCUCUGAAGAAGUGGCCAUCAAGAAGGUCCGGGAACAGAAAGAGACAGACAUCAAACACCUUCGCAAGCUGAAGCAUCCAAAUAUCAUCGGCUUUAAGGGCGUGUGUACACAGGCUCCAUGUUACUGUAUAAUAAUGGAGUACUGUGCUCAGGGACAGCUGUACGAGGUUCUGCGGGCAGGACGGAAGGUCACACCGCGCCUCCUGGUUGACUGGGCCUCAGGCAUUGCCAGUGGCAUGAACUAUCUGCACCUUCACAAGAUCAUUCACAGAGACCUCAAAUCUCCGAAUGUGCUAGUCACUCAUAAUGAUGUUGUGAAGAUAUCCGACUUUGGGACCUCAAAAGAGCUAAGUGACAAGAGCACCAAGAUGUCAUUUGCUGGGACGGUGGCCUGGAUGGCUCCGGAGGUGAUCCGCAACGAGCCCGUGUCCGAGAAAGUAGACAUCUGGUCGUUCGGAGUGGUGUUAUGGGAGCUGCUGACGGGGGAGAUCCCCUAUAAGGAUGUGGACUCCUCCGCUAUUAUCUGGGGUGUGGGCAGUAACAGCCUGCACCUCCCUGUUCCCUCCACCUGUCCUGACGGCUUCAAGAUCCUCAUGAAGCAGGCAUGGCAAGGGAAACCCAGGAACAGGCCAUCCUUCCGCCAGAUCCUGCUGCACCUGGACAUCGCCUCCGCAGAUGUGCUGGGAGCUCCACAGGAGACUUACUUCAAAUCUCAGGCGGAGUGGAGAGAGGAAGUAAAGAAGCAUUUUGAGAAAAUUAAGAGUGAAGGCACAUGUAUACAUCGACUAGAUGAAGAACUCAUACGGCGUAGGAGAGAUGAACUCAGACAUGCACUAGACAUUCGUGAGCACUAUGAGAGAAAGCUGGAGAGAGCCAAUAACCUCUACAUGGAGCUGAGUGCGAUCAUGCUGCAGCUGGAAGUGCGAGAGAAGGAACUCAUGAAAAGGGAGCAGGCUGUGGAGAAGAAAUACCCCAGCACCUACAAACGCCACCUGGUGCGUCCCAUCGUCAGGCCCCAUGCUGUGGAGAAGCUCAUCAAGAAGAAAGGCAGCAUGAACCACAAACCCAGUGCACAGACUCCUAAAAGGCCUGACCUGCUGCGCUCCGAUGGGAUUCCCAGUGUGGAGGCACUCCCUGCCUCAUCUCCUCUCUCCAGCAGCCCCAAGGUCUCCACUCCUCCAGGGAAGGCCCGCUAUCGCAGCAAGCCCCGCCACCGGCGGGCCAACAGCAAGGGCAGCCACAGUGACUUCCCUGCAGUGCUGAAACCUGCCACUGGAACAGCGGAAGAGCAGCAGCCCCUUCAGCCCCAGCACCAUCACUACCACCACCAUCACCACCACCAUCAUCCACCUCUGCCUGAGGGCCCUCCCCUGCCCCUGCAGAGCCGGGAGAUGGCCGUGGCCACCUGCGCCAGCAACCUGCGCUAUUUCGGCCCUUCUGCUGCCCUGCGCAGCCCGCAGACAGACCACCUGCAGCGGCACGUGGCAGGCUCCAGCCCCGACCUCAUCUCUACGGCUGUGGGCGCCAACCUGCGCCAGCACGUCCCCUCCACUGGACCAGGUGCCGGCCUGCUCUGCCCCUGCUGCCAGGCUCACCCAUUCCCCGGCUGCCUCCGGUGCCAAGAGACAGCACCUGAGCCCGGCCACCAGGAGUUGCCCCACUACUCUCUGCCCAGCGCACGAGAGAGCUCAACAGCCAUGGCACCAUGCCCCAGAGAGCUGGCCUCAGAUGGGGAGGCCCAAGUGAAGGAGAAGCAAUUGGAGGGGGGCUCACCACGGAGCAGCCUCCCCAGUGGACUUCCACGCACCCUCAGACCUCUCAGUAAGGUUGGGGAUGACUCAUCAGAAGAAGAGGAGGGAGAGGUUGACAGUGAAGUGGAGUUUCCACGGAGACAGAGGCCACACCGGUGCAUGAGCAGCUUCCAGUCGUACUCCACAUUCAGCUCGGAGAACCUGUCCGUGUCGGACGGCGAGGAGGGCAACACAAGUGAGCACUCACACAGCGGCCCGCUGGACGUGCUCAGCGCCAGCCAAGAGGAACACCUGGACGAGCUGCUCUCACACACGCCUGACAUCCCCAUCGACAUCUCCACGCAGUCCGACGGCCUGUCAGACAAGGAGUGCGCUGUGCGCCGGGUCAAGACCCAGAUCUCCCUGGGCAAGCUGUGUGCCGACGAGCACAGCUACGAGAAUCCACGGCACUUUGGGGAUUCGGACUGUGACUCCUCAGAGGCAGAGUGUUCGGAUGCCACCAUCAGGAACAAGCAGCCCUGCGCUCCCUCUUCCUGGUGAGCUCCUCCCAUAACCCCACCUCUGGGAGGAAACCACCGCAAUAACUGGAGCCUGCUGUCAUCAACAUCCCAUAUUCCAUUCUAUGCCCGCCCUCUGGAUGCAAGCUCCUCAUUCGAGUAACCUCAGGCACCUCUGGACUGACAAUGUAGCUAGUUCAUAAUUUAUUUUUCUGCAUUUGGGGAACAAAAAAAUAAUAAUUAAUCAGGAACAGUAGAUUUUAGCCAAGAGAAAAAGGACAAAAUUCAGCAGGGUAAAAGCUCUGUGCAGUGUAUCAGGUUGGAAUGUUCCAGAAUUAAAGGAAAGAUCUUAUUACCAGGGGCACGGAAAUACAAGGAGCAUUGGGAAUUGGGAAAUGUUUGCAUACGUGUGUGCGGGCUUGUGUGUCUAUGCCCUGAUAACAUCAGAUCUCUAUAGCGAGUAUCAUUCCUUGAUGGGACCGGUUGGUUACCCUAUAAAAAACAAAGGACCCUCUAGUUGAGUUCAAGCAGCCAGCUCUGUCCUUCUGGCAAAGAUUAGCUAGCUGAUACCUGACAAAUUUUGAGUUUACAGAAAUGACGCCCUGCCCUCUGUUGGGAUAGCAGGGUAACUACAGUUUGAGCACCAGCAUGAAUCUCCCACUCCCUUUCGUCUUUGAAUCUGUUUCAUCUCCGACACCACGGACCCCCGCGGAGCCGUCCCAGCAUGCUCGCUUGGCAUGCCAUCGGAAAGGGCAGUCCAAGCUCUGCUGCAGUGUUGUCCGCGGGGCCAUGUCCAGAAGCUCUGAAGAAGAACACGCGUUUAAAACGGCAGCAGGCGACCUCCACUGAUGCGCAGUGGAACUGGAGUGGGGAAAAAAAGCUCAAGAGAAACCCGACAUUUUAUAAGUGUCGAAAUUGGAGCAAACCAUUUCCAGCUUCCCUUUCACCUCAGGACUGUGCUCUGAAAAGGGUUAGCUAACAGACUGGAGGAGUAUCCCAACGCUUUGCUUUUGACCGGUGACGACCGUACUGGGCGCCACAGGAAAAGCCCUGUACUUAGGCUUAACGAACAUCUCCCCUCUCCUCUCAUUUUUAUCGGUAGAUAAAGUCAUGUAGUUGAUGUGAAGAUGCAGCAGCCCCCUAAAUCCUCCCUCAGGACUCACUGCGUUGUGUGUCUACGGUUUUGUCCGGUUCCGUUUGUGUUCGCGUGUGAAGUGAAACCGCAUGUGUUCGUGGCCGAGGAGAAUGAAGCCCCGGCAUACCGGAUGCACUUUGCUGUUUCUUGAAAGGUUACGACUGAAUCAGCAAUAAUGCAGAUUCCCGCUCAGGCUUUCAGGAGAUUCCCGCUUAGCAGGACUGUCUAGCUGGCUGGACAGAUGCGCGGGCGAGUCGUAGUGAAACAAGAUAGUUAUCGUAAAGCCACUUUUUAAAAGGCCUCUAUUUUUGAAACUUUGAGUUGAGCUGAAUCUUUAGUUUUAUUUUAUUUUUUAAGGAAAAGGCAUUUGAUAGUUUGAUGCUCAGGUUUUGUUAAAUGCACAGUGCAAUUCUUCUCUUCAGUGUGAUAGCAACCAGUCUCCGCUAGAGGGAGGCAAAUCGGUCUGUUGUGUUUCUGUGAUAGAACUGGCCACAUUCCUUUUUAUACAAGAAUAUACCGAGCAAGUAACCUUUAUUAGGCUUGUUAGGUGCUGUAGUCAUUUAGACUUCCUCCUAAAACCCAUCUAUUUUACACUUCUAUUUAAGGGAUGCUGCAUCUUUUACCGUUACUACUAUAUUGUGUUCAUUUUAGCUUUGUGUGUUUUUGGGGUGUGUCUGUCUUUGUGUAAUUGUGUAGACAGGAUGGGCUUUAAGCAGAAGAAGUCAUGUUUGACUUUUUAUUCAUAAGAGAUGGCAAAUUAGAGAAACUGUGAAGGACAUUAUUUGUUUCCAGUCUUUCUUUGGAAGAAAACGGGGGGUCAUAUGUUAGUCUUCUCACUGAAGCUCUGCUGUUGGAAGCAGUCGCUGCACAGACACAAUAGCAGCAAAAGAACAAAGUGGAACUAAGGCUUAAACUCUGGACUUUUCAAAACUUCUCCUAUUUAUUCUGUUUGAGAACAGCCAGCCAUUACUAUUUUAUGUUUGUAUUCUCUGACCAGCAUGGUUUGAAGUGGAUCAAAAUGAUCCUCUGGUGUGAAUGAAUUGGACCUUGGAUGCCGUUUGUAGUAUGUAACUAGUGAGCCAGGACAAGUUAUGGAGACACACCAACCUCAUUUUUCUUGUUUACGUGUUUAAAAGUCUUCUGUGUUUUUAAUCAACAGAAAUCAACCGAGAUGUUGUGAGUGAAUUACAAUGUCUUUUCAGCUGCAAAACCAUAACAGUUCCUGUAAAGUAUGAUUAUUUGUUGUGUUAAUUUAAAGUUAUUUAAUUGAAUUUUCCUACCUUUUGUAGCUGGUCUACAUAAUCAUUUAAUUAAUUUAUUUUGGAUUACUAGCAAGCUUAGAAACAAAAUGUUAGUUUUCCUAAUCAUUUGGAAUUUUUUGUUUUCAUAUCAUUACUAACUUGUGAAGUAUAUGUUUAGGGAGAGUAGUCAGUCUUCAGGGAAUACUCCGAGCGUAUUCCAUGUGAAUGACUGACUGACUUUGAUAGAACUAGAUGUGGAAAGAGCCAGACAUAUACAUUAUAAGAUAUAAUUAUGUAUCAGUCUCCAUCACUGGCUAAAUUGCAUGAUCCUGUGUAUUGGAUCUGACGGUUGUUUAAACUGAUAUUCUUCUCCACCUAAGAAAAAACUUUGCAUACUGGUCUUGGUAAUGGAGAUUACAGCAUUACUACCUGGCUACUUGGACCAGGACUAAAUUGUGAGUUCAAGCAUUGUUAUCCCGCUGUCAUCUUACAACCUGAAGUCUCUUCCAGCACCCAGCAGACUCCUGCUGCCAGUCAUUAGCAGAACAAGCUUAAUUAGUAGAUGAGAGUUCUAUUAACAUUAUUAAUUUUUGGAUAACAGGUAACUGCUUGGUGAUUGACUUGCACAAACUUGGAUAUUUUGCUCAUGCUGUUUAGUGACUCUUACAGUCUGCUAAUGAUCAGUCCAGUUACUACCACAAGGGCCGUCUUAUUGGUCAGUCAGCCCAACUACCGUCACCUUAGGUUGAAUAAAGAUGGAAAGUAGUUUCUCAGUGUGGAUUCUGGCAUACCGUUAGUAUUACCUGAUGCAAAUUGGAUUCUGACAAAAAAUUACUUGAUGGUUUUAAUAUUUAAACCAAGGAAAUGUGUAAUGGAAAUGAAAGGUUCGGUCAGACUUUAGCCAACUUUAUCACCAUUUUCUGUAUUUUUCUGUCUCUCUCUCUCUCUCUUAUUCACAGACAUAAUACAUUUAUGUCAUUCAUCCCCACACAUUUUUCAUAAUUGAUUUUCAGCUAAUGCAUAAACAGUUAUUUUGUUAUAACUAUUUUUGUGCAGGAUAUGUUAAAUUAUGGGGUAUUUAUUUUUCUCCUCCAGUAUGUUUCUUACUCAUGUCCCAUCUUCCCUAUCUUGAAUGGCAUUAUGAUCAACCAAUCUGGUUUCCUGUAUUAGCCUGUGUACAGUGCAAUGGGAGCAGAAAGGAAUAAAAUCAAAGCAAACAACUGCAUGGAAUAAAAUGCUGAUGUACUGUA